GCUAACCUGUCCACUCCCGGGCUUGUCUUGUAUAAUGAAUGAGCAAAAAGUAUCACUGAUGUUAUUCUAACCCUGCUGGAGAAAGAAAGAAGGAUGGAGAGAAAGGCAUGAAUAAUGGAGGCCAAAUCAGUUGACUGCAUCCCUUCCUAGUCUCAGGCUAUUCAAAGUCAGUGCCUGCAAUUGGAUUCUGUAGGAAACUUCUGGAUCGCAGGGAGAGAGACUCACUGUUUUCUUUUUGGUGGCUUUUAAAUCAACUUUUUUCACCUUCUUUUUGGAUGGAGGGGUUGGUGGAGUGAAAGUCAUGAUGAUACCAUGGUGGCCCAACUGCUAGGGCUGGUCUUUCUACUCCUACUUCACUCUGCAGGCUCGCAGAACAUCAAUGGCGAGGUGGUGUACCGUGACAACACUAUGUAUGGCGUGGUGAACAAAGCUGUCAUCCUGGAGUGUGGUACUACCUUACCUGACAUGUACAUAUGGAGCUUCACCAGACCGGGCACUGAAGCCAUCAAGGCGGUGGUGUACGACUUAGGUCAAGGUCCCAAAAUCCAGAAGCUGGCCCAGACGCUCGGGGAGCUGGCGGUCAUCUCCAAAAGUGCUGACAUCAGCAUCGACAAGCUGGCUGUGGCGGCACAUGGCCUCUACACUUGCCAGGCUUUCUAUGACAUAGAAGUCGAGCCCAAGGUCUACUACUACUACGUGCAUCUCAACGUCAGAAUUCCAGUCUCAAAGCCACACCUCCUGGUGAGCGACGUGUCUCCAGUGGAAGGAACGACAAUAUGGCUGCGAUGUAAUCUGGACAACGGGACAGGGCCGAUCCAGUACGUGUGGCAACAAGAAAGCCACCACGGAAACAUCUCAGCGUUCGCACAGGGCAACACCAGCGUGGUCAACGUGACAGAGGUGAACCGCAACCAUACAGGGUGGUACCGCUGUCUCGCUAGCAACGCCGUCAACAGUGAGGGCUCGGAUCGGAUAUGGCUGGAUAUUAUCUUUGGUCCGGAUAUCCCUCAGAUUGAAGUGACGCCGUACACUCUGACCGAGCGGGGUUACUCGGCUCUGGAGAGAGAGACAGUGUCUCUGCAGUGUCAAGCUCAUUCCAACCCGCCCAGUCAGUACGUCUGGUUCUACAACAACUCUCAGGUGUACAGCGGGCCGCAGUUCACCAUCACCAAGGUCCUCCGCAUGCACACGGGUGACUACGCCUGCCUGGCGCAGAACACCUACCUCAACACGCGCUCCAAAAAGACCAUCAGCCUGACUGUCUACUAUCCACCAGAUGGUUCUCCUUCAUGCUCCAUGGAGCCAGCCCUGAAUCACACCUCCCUGAGACUGAGCUGCUCCUGGAUGGGCGGUUUCCCGACCGCCUCGGUUCACUGGGCUGAACACCUGAGACGUGCAGGGCAAGUUGAGGGCGACAGGGGGCACACCAGCGGCAUCUUGCUGCCGUCGGAAGGCCUUGUGUCCAACAGGAGCUUGUUUAAGUGCAUGGGAUCUCACCCUGCACUCAAACAACCAGUGGAGUGCAGCACACGUGCAUAUCUCCCCACAUCAGAACCGGUGUGUUUAGCCUAUGUGACAACCAACAAGCAGUAUCUCAUGUUGUCCUGCUCUUGGGAUGGAGGGACCCCAAACGCUCUGGUGUGGUGGGAAGGCCCCAGUGGCCAUGGCAAACCUGCGGAAGAGAACUCCAAUGUCCUGAUCCUUCGCUAUGGAACAGCUCGUAGUGGGAAACCCUACACCUGCCAUGCAAAACAUCCGCUUCUGGUUCAAACUAAGACCUGCAGGCUCACACUGGAGGCUCCUGUGUUGCUAACGCAGCGGAGCGUUGUGUCUGUGUACGAGGGGGCCGACGUGCAGCUCUCCUGCAGCCUGAGGGCCAACUACUUGCCCACCAGUGAAAUAACUUGGUUCAACAAUCACGGUUUGGACGUUCAGGACACGUCCAAGUAUAUGCUGCUGCGAACAUCAGCGUGGGCCAACCUGACCGUGCGAGACACAGAUCAGACUCAAGACAGCGGCGAGUACAGGUGCUCCUCCUCCAAUGCUGUCGGAGGAGCGGACCUCAACAUCACAUUAGUGGUCAAGAAGCACCCAAUGCCACCAAACGCCACCCUGCUCAGGGUGACCUACAUCAGCCUGCACCGCAACGAGGUGGAGCUGGAGUGGAAGAUAGAGGGCGAGGCCCAACAAGGCUGGACCGGGUUCAUUGUGCAGCACAAAUGGGUGAACGAGCACCCGGGGAGGAGAACAAGCGGCAACGAUUCAAAGGAAGAAAGGAUUGGUACCGCAGUUUGGCACCAUAGUAUCAUCCAGGACCCCGAUGUCAGGAUUCAAACAGUGGGGAGGCUGACACCGACAGCUAACUACCAGUUCCGUGUCACUCCUUUUAACCACAGAACCAUUGGGCACCCCUCUGCUGCAAUAACGCCAGCCGAGCCGCGCUCCACUAACUACCCUGCUGUGAUCGGAGCAGCAAUAGGGGGGAUGCUCUUUGCAGCUAUUGUCACGGCGCUGCUGCUUGUCUACAUAAUCCGCAACCGCAACAACAACCCUCGACUACAUGACAUGCUGUUUGGCCUGCAACACAGCCAGUCCAGGGAGAACAUCAACUUCCCAGAAGAUGAGGUGGUCAACGGGGCGGAGGGGGAAAUGGGUGGCUCAUCUAGCCCAGGUCCAACACUGGCUUUACCCAGAGCGGCCUCACCCUUUACCACUUCUCCUACUGCCGGUCAAGCCACUCCCACAGGAGACAACGAACCCGUCAAUGUCACCAUCACCGUCAAGGCGACCGGCUCCUAAACCACGGAAGAGCCGCUUGAACUCCAGACCGUCGCCCUGAAGAAACACACACACAAUAUGCUGACGCAGUGACAAUCAUAGAGGAAAGACAGAAAGAUAUUGUAUUAAUGGCGUUAUUGAAACACUAAAAUGUAUACUAAAAAAGUAGAGAUGUCCCAAUGGUGUGUUUGUCUUCUUUUUGAUCAGAGGUCGAGGAUGCGCCCACCGGUAAAGUGCUUUGUUUUUGCAGCAGGCCGGAAAACAAACAAAGCCAUGUCAGCGCUGUGGAAAUUCUGCAUUGUAAAUGAAAAUAAUCUUGCUGCCACUUGUAAUAUCUGCAAAACGACAAUUUCAAGGGGUGGUAUGAGCAGAGCUGCAAUCAAUACCACAAAUUUUGAAAAUAUAAAACGGAGUACGCAGCGUUGAGCAAGACCACCAAAGAAAAGGCCGCUGAGUGUAGAUCACUGAAUAGGUAUCGUAGUCGAAUUUAUUUCUUUGGACAACCAGCCCAUCUCCGUCAUAGAUUGUGGGGGUUUGUCGUCUUUUAGAAUGUAUGAAUCCACGCUAUGUUCUGCUAUCACGGCACUACAUUGCAGAUAUUGCUUUCCCACGAUUGUACACAAAAAAAGUACAGGAAAACAUAAAACAUGAUUUCACAUAAAACCUGUCAGCUGUAAGUUUCGGCACGGAUAUAUGGAGCUCUGAUAUUUGCCCCCUGUCAUUACUGAGCCUGUGUUAAUCAAAAGUGGAUCUUGGAGAGCUCUUUAUCUUUCUUUCACAACACUGUACCAAGUCGAUGUGUGAUUUGAUUAUUUUUCUAAAAUAUUAAA